GUAUCUCGGUUAUUCUGAUCAGUUACUUGCUUAUUUCAGUUUUUCGAAUAUAUAUAUAGAACCCGCAUGCACUUGAAGGAAAUCACCAGGAUCUGGGUUUUUCAUGUUAGAAGUUAUUGUACUACAAACCUCUAUGAGGGAGAUUAUUUUCAUGCAUUUUUUGGCGCGGAAACUCGUGAUGAUGAAAUACAAAUAGACGAGGAAAAUUGAAGUUCCAUGGCUGCAGCACUAUCUUCAUUCGAUUUUGUUCUUCAACAAGCAAUGACGAGUGCGUUGUAUUGAGGCAGCGAGAGAGAGAGCAGCAGAUAGGCACGGGCUGCAAACACAGGUUGGCAAUCAUGAGAGAGUUAGCAACAAAAAAUUACGAUUGAUUCCUCAAAACAGCAACAGCCUCUGACAACCAUGCGAGCGUCUAGUUGUUUCCCUUUCUACUUCCACCAAACACGACGACUCCCUGCUUUGAAGCAUUGCCUUUGUUUUUCUUUAUUUGACGAAGCAAAAAUUCACAUUGUCACGAACCUAAGCAAAGUUUUGGACUUAUCUCUCACCUAAAGUAGUGACUAGUUCUCGGCUUGACUUAUAUUUUUUCAGAAUGCCAGAAGGUGUUGAAGUCGACGCCUGCGAGACAGGCAACUGAGGCCCAAGAGCUGAUGAGCUGUUUCCGGAGGCAGGUACUUUCAAAAUAAAGAUGUCUCAAUUUGAUGUAACGAAUUCUCUGAACUACACUAAGAGGCCGCCCAUCCUAUCAAAGUAUCCUCAAGUCCAGUAAUAAAUCGUCUCAAAAAAUUGCAAUUCUCAUGUAACAGCCGCGCCUGCCUCCGCCACCAGCAGUUCCGCAGACUCCAGUGGAGAGAAUGUGCUGCAACGUUCUGGUCGCUUAUCGGGUCUCGUCGAUCAGAUAGAUGAUGAAGAUAAGCGAUCGACAUGUUGCGCAUUGCUGACAAUGAUGUGUUCCGCACCUGCCUUGGUGGGAAGCUGAUGCUGGCCUCUCCUGUUAGCAGGGUUAUUUUCCGGGUUUUUCGGGCUGAAUACGCCAGCGACGCGACAAUUCUCGCAUGCGAUUACAUUUGGGAUGAACUGCGCCAUUUUUAGCAAUAUGGUUCAGCACAUGAUCGGAAAGUGCAAAGCACAUCCUGUGAGGGUAUUGCUUUACUUUUUGUUAAGAAAGAAUGCAAAGCACAUCCUGUGAGGGUAAUUUAAUCUCGAUUUUGUUCUUCGCAGCACGUUGUGGUAAACGCAGAUGAGAAAGAGUCCCAUCUUCUAGAUAAAACUGAGCACUCUAUUGAACGGAAUAAGUAUUUUUGACACCCAAACUGACUGUCACCCAGCACAUUCUCUCCACACCCACGACAGGCCACGCGGAGCCAUUUCCAGAAAUUUGCUCCGGUUUAUAUGAUCGGUGUUGGCGCUAUCCUAAUUCUCUGCGACUUAGUACGACAUUUGAUGAACGACGCUUGGGGUACGCAUUGUGAUGAGCGGGAUGACUUCUCAGUGCAGACGAAGGAUCUAUUAAGGCUCCCCCCAAUCCAUCUUCGAAGCAGCCUGUUGUUUGAGCGGGAUUUUCAACUGAAAAAGGGCCCAACAGGGUGACUAUCACUAUCUUAAGAUGGAUAGAAGACUGGGGUGAGCUCUAAACCAACCUGCGAAGUACUCUGAAGUAUGCUACGGUACUGGCUUCGCUUCUAUGUACAAUACAGAUGGGAGCUUGAAUACUCUGGGACUGUUGCUUAGCGUGAUUUUCACCUGGACAGGCUUUGUGUUGCUGUUUAGCGGAAUUCUGUACGGCAUCGAUUUUCAUCGGAAAGUUAGAUUACAGUGGCGAACGAUACGAGAAGGACGAUCUGGGGGGAGAGCGCCGAUUAUGACACACUUGAAAUUAAUAUUCAGUAUAUUAAUAUAGGUGUAAGCGUAUUAUAGUCGUGAAGUCCUUGGGACGAUUGGCAGGAAUACCAAGCUGUUUUCAUCAUAGUAUGAUUCACUUUGAAAUCAACAUCGUAAAUAACCAUGACCUUGAGCAUACAUCUUCUAAUGUCACCAGUACUGCGCGUGGACUAGAAGGAUUUCCGGUCGCAAGGAAUGUCGUAGAGCCACCAGCAAGAGGGUCAGCGCCAUUGUUGGAAAAUCAGGUGUAGUAAGUGAGUUCUUGACACACGAAGAUCAUGGGUUUACUAGCGAAAUUUUUCAGAGCAAGGUCGCAAGAAUAGGAUAAAAAAGAUUGUACAGAUUCUGCAGUUAUAUCUUUUGACUUUUUUUGGAUACUCCGUCCUAGUUGAGUUUUUCCGGGUGACGAAAGAAAACAUAGUCAUGAGCCUAUUCAUAAUGCCGAUCGAUUGAUUCCUAGAUACGCUGUAUGUGUGUAUGUGUAAAAUAUUUGAAAAAAUGAAUAUUACUGUUAGUAAUUUAUUGUACUAAAUUUUCAGGUUAUAGUUUCAACGCAUAGUUAUGCGUCCGAGAAAAGCCACUCAUCUUUCUAUUCGUCUAUGACUGUAUUGAGUACAAGUGACGCCUCCUUAUCGUUCUCACUGUAGGGAGGCUGAUUUUUCGAUUUUUUUUUCAGCUGGUCACAUUGAUACGCAGGUCGGCAUUUACGAGAUAUAUUGGCUUUUCCCAUUAUUGAAUUUUUGAUCCAGAUAUACUUUCGCGACAUGUGUAGUUACUACGAUGUUCCAUUUGUGGCACCUGCCCUGCUCAAGUUCACUGUACUUGGGUGCUACGUAGUACCACUUGCGCAAUAGCCGCCCGGACACAUGGCACGAGUGGCCAAGACCAAGAGGCUAAUCCUAUUGCGUCUGCCUCCACUCUCCUACAGCUCAGCUAUUCCUCCUUCUUUUCCUUAUCUCCAAUUUUGAAUUUUCCAAAUCGUAGCGCGGUCGUAGGAGACAACAUUGCCAUCCUGGA